AUGCCUGCACAACGCCCUCGGGCAUCUUUCGAGCCCAUCGCGCCUGACUUCGAUCUCAAGAGACUGGUCGAAAACAAUGCUCACUUCAAUUAUGUGGAUCGGAUCAGUUGUGAUAUGAUCGACCAACAAGGCCUUGCUAAUUUCGAAAAACUCGUCCUUCUGCAUGUGAUUGUCGGCGGUAAGCCUCUUGUUAUUGACGGAUUCGAGGAUCGUCUGGACCCAUGGACUUUCACUCCCAAAUGGCUCCGCGACAACUGCGGCGAGAAGGUUGAAUACGCGCGCAACCUCACUGCGAAGGAGAACCUGCCUCUGACAAUGGGGCAUUACCUGAGGAAUAUGGGCCUCCUCACGAACCAAUUCUUCGAUAAGCCUGGGGCGUACCGAGAGAAGGGCAGGCAGAGGGUCUACCUGAAAGAUAUCGACUGCCCUGAGGUCUGGUGGGAUAAGUUGAAAGAGCACAUCCCGCCAAUGCUGUCGUACCUCAAUGAUAGCACGGGUGAGAUUGGCGGUCCUGGUGCCGUGCCUGACCCGACGAGUACGCAACCGGGCAAGAAGCUAGGCAGGGGAAUUGGAAGAGCCGGAGACUUAAUGAGUUCGCUGCCGCCAGAUAUGCGCGCCGAGAACCUGAUGUGUUAUAUUGGACAUGAAGGGACAUAUACACCUGCUCAUCGCGAGAUGUGCGCUUCUCUAGGCCAGAAUAUCAUGGUGGAAGCAUCAAAUACUGUGUCGGAUGACGGCAAGGCAGAAAAGCCUGGAUCAUCUAUUUGGUUCAUGACCGAGUCAAAGGAUCGCCACCUGGUUUCCGAGUACUGGCUGAGUGUGCUCGGACACGACAUUGAAACGGAGAAUCACUUCGCCCAGGUUGUUGCGUGGAAGAAAGCACCCUUCAACGUGUACGUGGUGGAGCAGCGACCCGGAGAUUUCAUCCUGAUCCCACCGCUUGCGCCGCACCAAGUCUGGAACCGAGGCACGCGUACGAUGAAGGUCGCAUGGAACCGCACAACUGUCGAGACGCUUGAGAUGGCACUGAACGAAGCACUUCCGCGCAGUCGAAUCGUUUGCCGUGACGAGCAGUAUAAGAACAAGGCCAUCAUAUACUAUACACUACAGAAGUAUGCCUCCCUCCUCACCCAGGCUAUUGGACAAGCCUCUCGUAUGCCAGCAACUGAGGGCCAACAAUUCCUCUUCUCGGGCAAGAUUAAGCAAUUGCAAAAGGACUUCAAGCGCCUUUUCGCUAUGUACAAGCAGAUCCUACUUGGCGAGAUGUUCAGCCCGGAGGAACGUGAUACGCCAAAAUCGCUCGAGUAUGUCCCGUUUGACUCCAACGUCACCUGCGCCUAUUGUCGAAUGAACAUCUUCAACCGAUUUCUCACCUGUCCGAAUUGCAAGGACAUGCUCGGCCACUCCGCGGAUGGCGAAGAAGGCGACCCUUACGAUGUGUGCAUGGAUUGCUAUGCUAUGGGUCGGUCCUGCGCAUGUCUGAGUGGACACCGGUGGGUUGAGCAGUUCCGAUGGAAAGAGCUCGCGAGCAAGUAUGACACUUGGCGCAAGCUCAUCAUUCAGCUUGAUGGUGCCCAGAAUGAAAAGACCCCGCUGCCCCUUCUCGAAGAACGCCGCCGCUACGGCAAGAAGACGCUCGCCGAAGUAUGCAAGGACCAACUCAAGCGCAGACCUUUCAAGGACGUCAAGAAGCCGGCGGAUGAGCCAAAAGAUGACGAUGAAUCGGACGAGGAGAUUGUCGUAGGUGACGAUGGCCAGAUCAAGAAGAUUCAGAAGAAAAAGAGCAAGACUUGGCUGAAGAACAACGUGUCCUGCCAUGUUUGCUGCCAUCGUCACCCUACCUGGAAGAUGGCGAAGUGUACGCAGUGUGAUCGCUCUUGGUGCUAUGGUACACUCUUCCGCGGCUGGGACAAAUACCCUCUGGAAAUCAUGGAGAAUCAAGACUGGGUUUGCCCACACUGUCUUGGCAUUUGCUUCGCCGGUGCGUGCAAGCGAGAGGGCAAGAUGCAACCCUACGAGCCCAAGGGAACCCUUCUUGGCCAUGACACGAAGAAAGUCGCCGAUGUCCGUAGUGUCGAAGCUCUCGUCGAUUUCAGCGUCAGCAAUCUCAAUUGGCUGAAAGACGACGACCCAGCCAACCGCGCGGAGUCGAGACGCUUCAAGAGAGCGAGAGCCGAAGCCGAGAAGAACAAGGAGAUCGACCCCAGCCAGGAAGUCGACGAAGAUGAAGAUGGCCGGGUGGAUGAGACGCAGAUGGAGAUGGAAUACACCAACGAUGACAGCGUUCUCGAUCCUGCGCUCGGGGGUAGCGGUGCUCCAGCUGGACGUACAAACGGUGCGGGUGACUACACCAUGAGAGGCGCACUGCAGGACGAUCUGGACGAAGAUGAUCUGGCUCGAAGGUUACAACAAGCCAAUUCAUCCCUACCUGGCCCAAAUGGCAUGGUGUCCGGAGCACCUGCGAAUGGUUAUCCAGAUGGCUAUGCACCUCUCGAAUCUGCUGGUUACUCAGGGUAUGGUGCACCUCCGGCCAACAUGUAUCCGAACCCAGAGGAUAGUGCAUAUCAAUAUCCUGGCCACAAUCGCGAGGACGAUUCCCAAGAGCCAACUGGCGAGGAACUACGUCCAUUCAAGCGUCGAAGAAGUCGCGGGGAUGGCGAGGAGGAUGGCGAUUUCGAAGACGAGAUCGCUAUGAAAGGACGAAAAGCUAAGAAGCCGCGUCUCGCUGCUGCUGGUUUCCGGUCUUACGAUCUUGCCGGUGAUGCCGAGGGUGUCAUGGCCAGCAAAGCUAAGAACGAGAUCCAGCGCCAAUUCGAGAAGGAGAAGGAGAAGAAAGCACUGGAGAGAGCUAAAGCCGAGGGCCGCUUUAUCAUGCUCCAGGCCGCCAUCAAAGGCAAGAAGCGAAUUGUCAAGAUGAAACUCCCCAGCGCGACCCUCGCUCAGGAACAGGCGCGUCAAGCCGCAAAGGCAGCAUUGGCGGCGGCUGGUGGCCAGAGUGGCGACGUGGAUGCUGAGCAUGAGAUGGAUGACGGAACUACACCAGCCCGUGAGGAGGACCCGUCUGCCGCGCUGCUGCUCAAGAGUGAUGUCGCCCCCAAGGGCAAAAGCCGAGCCGAGCAGCAACGCUACCAUGAGCAGCGCGUGAAGGAAGGCAGAAUCAUUGAGGGAGGUUCUAAGAAGGCGCUCAUUCCGGUCGAGAAGGAUGAGAAUUAUGGGUACACACAUCGACAACGCCAUCCAAAUGGUAAGCGAGACGCCAAGAAUGCUUGGCCUACUGCUGCCAGCAAUAGAGACGCUCGACGCCGCACUACACACCAGAGACAGGUAGAAUACGAAGAGGUCGAUAUUGGCUCUGACAUUGAGGACGAAGACGAGGAACCUGGCAGCGGCGGUAGUUUCGUUGCCAUCAACGGAACCUCGAGGUCUAACAACAGCAAGGAUCGUCGUUCGCUGCCUGGAUAUCUGCAGAAUCGCCACGCAGAUGACGACAAAGACGGUCCUGAAGAGCUGCCAGACAAUUUCCGCGACCGCCAUCAUAACCCAAAGCGAGGAACUCGCUCCAAGUCAGAUGCUGCUGCGCAACAGCUGCAGAACGAAGUCGAAGCUGCUACGCCGCAGACGAAGAGCAAGACAGCUGGUAAACGGCCGAGUAUGCGCCCUUCUACUGCUCAAGAGCCCAUAACCAUUGAAGACAAUGGCAGUGAUAGCAGUGAUCUUGAAGACAUGAUCGACCAAGCUGCCAGCGGUAACUUUGGUGAUCAUGCCGCGAACGGCCACUCACCAGCCACCAAUGGUGCUUCCAGCUCGAACAAAUCCACCAGUACUGGACGACCACGCGGCCGCCCUCCGAAGAGCAAGCCCACCUCAGCAAACAACACGCCCCGAAAGCAACAAGCAACGCAAGAGCAAGCCCGUCAAGCGCAACGUAUCAUGGAAGAAGAGAAUCGUCUGGCCAAACUGCAAGCACUGCAGAUGCUCGACGACGAUCCAGGCGUCUUCGGCUCCAAACCGGGCGAGGAUCUUUUCGGAGAAGACGAGAGUGAUGACGAUGUGGAUGAGGUUCCAGCGCGCAUGGCCAAGGUCUAA